GAAAGGAGGCGGGGCGGCGGCCGGGCGCGUCCCCGGAGGCGCGCGCGCACCGCAGGCCGCGCGGCUCGCUCGCUGGCAACCGCUCGGCGGCCGGUUCCCAUCCCGGGCUCGCUUUGGCAGAGGCGUCCGAGGCGGGGGGCUGGUGAGCGUGGGCCACGGUCGCGAUGAACACGGUGCUGUCGCGGGCGAACUCCCUGUUCGCCUUCUCGCUGAGCGUGAUGGCGGCACUCACCUUCGGCUGCUUCAUCACCACCGCCUUCAAGGACCGGAGCGUCCCGGUGCGGCUGCACGUCUCGCGGAUCAUGCUAAAAAAUGUAGAAGACUUCACAGGACCGAGAGAAAGAAGUGAUCUGGGAUUCAUUACGUUUGAUAUAACAGCUGAUCUAGAGAAUAUAUUUGAUUGGAAUGUUAAACAGUUGUUUCUUUACUUAUCAGCAGAAUAUUCAACAAAGAAUAAUGCUCUGAACCAAGUUGUCCUUUGGGAUAAAAUUGUUCUCAGAGGUGAUAAUCCGAAGCUGCUGUUGAAAGAUAUGAAAACAAAAUAUUUUUUCUUUGACGAUGGAAAUGGUCUCAAGGGAAAUAGGAAUGUUACGUUAACUCUAUCUUGGAACGUCGUACCAAAUGCUGGAAUUCUACCUCUUGUGACGGGAUCAGGACAUGUAUCUGUCCCAUUUCCAGAUACAUAUGAAAUAACGAAGAGUUAUUAAAUUAUUCUGAAUUUGAAGCAACAUAUUUUUAUACUUAAUGAAUCAUAUAUCAUUUAUCUCUUCCCUUGCAUCCUCAUUUGUUUUUGAUUGUUAUUUUAUGGUGGGGGAGUAUGGACAACUAAUAUCAGAAGGCAUAUUUGAAAGGUUGAUGUAUUACUUAAAGUACAUUUUAAAAAUGAAACCAAAAGGUCACCGGAGCAGAGUAUUAGGAAGACUACAUCAUAAGGAUUACAAAAGAAUUGUAUUAAGUAGUUUCUGUAUUUCCAUUAUUUUUUAUGGAAUAUAAAAUGAGCAUGAAGGGUAAUUAAAACUUUCAGGUACCUGUGGAAUCUUAAGAACUCUAUGCCUUGCAUUCAUGCAAAGUGCUCAUUGGGUAUGAUUUAAAAGUAGAAGACAUUUUGCCUUUUUAGAACAUGUCAUUACUGGAAAAAUUCAUAAAGAUUUUUUUUUGUGAGAAGUCUGAUUUAUAAAAAUAGCCAAAAGAGAUGGAAUUUUAUUCCAUUUGUCUUAGGAAUGCCUGUAAUGCUUGUUAUUUCUUGCAGGUGACUAGUACCUUUGUCCACUUAAAAGACUAAAUACCUCUCUAUAGCCUGUAAAUCAUUCUUACUCACUUUAAAGUCUCUUAAGUCAACCAAACAUGUGUCUUUCAGUGCUUUCUCUCUAAGUGUUCCUUGGUGUUCUUCAUGUAACUUUUCUAGCAUUGCCAUCAGAACUUGGAAAUGCUGGCAUGGUAUUUACCUUCUGAGGUACAGUUGUUCUAUUGUGCAUGCCUUAGUACCACUGAGUGGCAAUUAUUUAAAAUUUUCUGUAGGUUCACUUUUUAAUAGUUAAUGGGGUAGUAGUCAGUGUAUGUUGGUGUGCUUGUGUGUUUUUCAAGCACACUCACAUAUCCUGUUAUCCUCAGUAAUCUAAUGAGGUAAGUUGCAAAUGUUAGCGCUUUGCAGAUGAAGAAACUGAAACCCAGAAGUUUGUUGAGUUGCUUCAAGUGUAGAAGCUAACAUGGAGUGAAGGAAAACUUGGAACUCAGAUCUAAUUCUUUUGAGUUUAUCCUUUCCUCUUUUACCUCGGAUUACAGACUAGUGAAAAUUCAUGGACAAUUUUAUUACAUCUUUUGUUUCCCUGGCACCUUUCUUCCACUCUUAGAAGAGGUUUCCCAUCCUGUAUGGAAGUAACUAAUUUUCAGGCUGCCAACAACUUCUAUAGAGGUAAUAUCUCAUUUCGCUCUCUGCCUAAAUUGUAUGUUCAGAGUAUAGCAAUUCAAAUGUGUAGUAAAAGUGCUAUAGAAGUUAAUGGUUACCUGGUUGAAUAUCAUUAACACAUUUUUUCCUACAGUGGGCAGAUAAACACCCUGAAGGGUAGCAACUGUUAAUUAUCCUUAAAAGCGUGACCAAACACUGUAGUUACACUAUCAGCAGUAACCAAAAGGGCUAAUAUUUUGUAAGGGUAGUUAAAAUAAAUAGCUAACAUUUGUUAUUUACCUCAUGUACUGUAUCACCAUCUGUUUUACAAAUAUUGUAUUAGUUGUACAAUUUGUGUAAAUACAUCUAUGUAUAGCUCUUCAAAUUAUCAAAAAGGUCAGAGGUACAGUAUCAUGAAUACUAGGCUGGGUUUGAUUCUCACACCUUUCAUUAAGUGUUUUAGGAUACCAGUUACUUUAUCUGGAAAAUGAUAGAGUUGGACUGGUAAGCUUAAAUCAUAUUUUCUUCAUAGUAUAAAGGUCUAUAAAACUUAUAUCUCUUGUAUCUCAUUUAGUAGAGAUUGAACAGAAAAGCACUAUAGUAAGGUAUUGAAAGUCUUAACAUUUAAUUCAUAUUCUGACUUUAUUUCUGUUAGUUUUCACAACCAUAAAAUCUAACUUCAUAGAGUUGGUGCAAAUACUGUCUGUGGAAACUUAAAAUCUGUAAGCAUCAACACUCAAAGAGUGGGUACGUUUUCAAUAAGGAAGAUGUGUAUAAUAAAUCUGCUGUCAGAGCCAGACUGGCUGGUUACUGAUUCAAGAAUUCAUUAUACCUCUAUGAUAAAUGAAGCUGUUAGUUUGGUAGGGAUAAAUGUUGAAAUUUACUUGUGCUACAAAUUAUUUAACAAACCUUCCCAUGUUUUGGAGUCUGGUGAGAACAAGAAAUAGAAAGGUGCAACUAGCCCAAUGGAUAAGUAGUUUUACAUUUUUACUUAAGGAAAACUACUCAGGACAAAGAAUGCUCCAGUAUGGGAAUAAGAAACCUCUGUCUCAGGAACUCAUUAUUGGGUGUACACAGCUUUAUUAAUUUACCAUAACUCCAGAAUAAUGUAUCCAGUUGGAUAACUGUAUCCCCCCCCUUAAUGUCAGUGUUUUAAAGAAGUCUCAUAAAGUCUUUGUGAUGACCCAAGGCUUCGAACUUAGUUAAAAUACUAAGCAUGAAUUGAAAUAUGUGAGUCCAGAGAUGAUUCUAGGAUUAGCAAGGAAUUGCGAAUUGUAAGACGCCUAUCUGCAGUGACUAUUGUUAGAAACGAGUCCAUUUUAAAAUGCAGCGCUUACAUAAACCUUUUGUAGUGGCAUAACCUACUAAGCAGUUAUAUCUGUGUUUCCUGUUUCUCCAGUUAACUACAUUUGAUUUCCUUAUUUAACAAAAAAUAGCUGAAAACUUAAGAAAUUCUUUGGGAUGUCAGAGGAAAGUCAAUUGUUUUGAAUUUUCUUUCCUGGAAUAAUCUUACAGGUCUUUGGUAGAAUUGACAUCUAGUAAUAGCAAUAAGAGACGGACUUUUAAGCUUCUAAUGAACUUUUCCCCUAUUAGUCUAAAGUUUAGUGAUUUUUAUCUUCUGCCACUAGGUUAGUGUUAUAAUUUUAUAAUACUUGGAAAGUAAAGUGAAAUGGGUUUAGAGGGAUGAAAACCAUAAGCUGGGAACUUUGGCAGUCAACACAUCUAUCCAUUUCAGAAGCUUUUCUUGCUUUUAGCAGGAAGCCUGUUUACAGUGAUAAGUUCUUGCAUGUUUUUGAUGCAAUUUGGGAAAUUGUUUACUUUACAAAUAAUAGGAAAAAAAUGGAAACAGGUGUGGGAAGAUUUUCAUAAUUGCGAUAAAUAUUCCGCAUUUUUUCUAACGAAACUAAAUUUUGUUUACAAGUGAAAGUAUGCAUUUUAAAAGAUUUUCAGAUUUAUGCUUUUUAUGUGAAACUGCUGAACUAAAGCAAAUGGAUGAAAUAAGUUGGGUAAACUUAAGUUUUUUUGGGGGGUGGGAGUGGGAGUCACUUAAUUAUACCUAAAAACUUUUCCGGAGACCAUGUGCUCCAACAGAACUAGACUGUAAGCUCUCCGAGAGCAGUCUUGCUCACGUGAUCUUUGUAUUUGCCCCAGCGCCUAGCACAGUGCCUUGUGCACUAUAGGUGCCCAAUAAAUAUUGAUGAACGAA